GCACAGGUGGCGCGCUGGGAUCGCGCCGCACUCGGGGGUCGCCUGCCCUGGCCGUGGGAUGGCCGGGCGGCCGUGGGACACGCCGGGCGGGACCUUGAAGGGCAAUAGCAGCGCGCUCCUCAACGCCUCUCAGCAGGUGCCCGACGGUGGUGGGGACGCGCGGCCGCGACCCUCGUGGCUGCCUGCCACGCUGGCCUUCAUCCUCAUCUUCACCAUCGUGGUGGACAUCCUGGGCAACCUCCUGGUCAUCCUGUCCGUCUAUCGGAACAAGAAGCUGAGGAACUCAGGAAACGUGUUCGUGGUGAGCCUGGCGGCGGCGGACCUGGUGGGGGCCGUCUACCCGUACCCCUUGGUGCUGGCCUCUGUGUUUCACAACGGGUGGAGCCUGGGCUACCUGCACUGCCAGGUCAGCGGUUUCCUGAUGGGCGUGAGCGUCAUCGGCUCCAUCUUCAGCAUCACCGGCAUUGCCAUUAACCGCUACUGCUACAUCUGCCACAGUCUCAGGUACGACAAGCUGUACAGCAACAAGAAUUCCCUCUGCUGCGUGUGCCUGAUAUGGACGUUGACGCUGGCGGCCAUCACGCCCAACCUGCGCGUGGGGACCCUGCGGUACGACCCGCGCAUCUACUCCUGCACCUUCGCGCAGUCCGUCUGCUCCACGUACACCAUCGCCGUGGUCGUUUUCCACUUCAUCCUCCCCAUGGUCAUUGUCAUCUUCUGCUACCUGAGAAUCUGGAUCCUGGUUCUUCAGGUCAGACGGAGGGUGAAGCCUGACCAGACGCCCAAGCUGAAACCCGAGGACUUCAGGAACUUUGUCACUAUGUUUGUGGUGUUUGUGCUUUUUGCCAUCUGCUGGGCUCCGCUGAACUUGAUUGGUCUGGCAGUGGCCUCAGACCCUGCCAGCAUGGGCCCCCGCAUCCCAGAGUGGCUGUUUGUGGGCAGUUACUAUAUGGCGUAUUUCAACAGCUGCCUCAACGCAAUUGUUUAUGGACUACUGAACCAGAAUUUCAGGAAGGAAUACGGGAGAAUUUUAGUGUCCCUGUGCACAGGCAAGAAGUUCUUUGUGGGCAGCACUAAUGAGGUAGCCAGGAGUGUCAAAUGCAAACCCUCUCCAUUAACGACCAACAAUAACCUAAUAAAGGUGAACCCCGUUUAAAGAGCAAAGCAUCUCCUUGGCUGCUGUGGCUCGGUAGGUUAGAACGUCCUCCUGCAAACCAAAAGGUCGCAGGUUUGAUACCCAGUCAGGGCACAUGCCCAAGCUGCCGUUCGGUUUCUGGUUAGGGUGUGUAUAAAGGGCAGUGGAUGGGUGUUUCUCUCUCACAUCUUUCUCACUUCCCCUCUCUCUAAAAAUCACUGAGCCUGUCCUCUGGUGAGGAUGAAAAAAGAAAAGAAAAGCAUUUCCUGGCAAGUUAUGCACCUUGUUCAAGGUCUUACUAAUGUUUAUGUUUGCUUCCCUCUUGCCAGACAUCAACAAAAACAGUGUGGUUGAAAAGAAAUUUGUGCUCUUAAGAGGUUGCCUCUACACUUUCCAAGCUAAUGUGUUAUCAGCCUUUUGAACAAGUCUCUCAUUCUUAUCAAGAGAAAUACAAAGUUUUAAGCUAUUGAAGAAUAUGGUUCAGGCAGAAAAGAGGGUCAUUUUAAGUAAAAAUGUUGAAUGUAUUUAAAUGGAAAAAGUGUGAAAACUGUUUCUAAUUGCAAAUGAGUGUCACAAAUAUAAUAAUGGCUUUUUUCUUCUACUUUUUAAAGAUUUUUAGUGGGACAACAAAUGAAGUGUUUUGUUAAUAAUGAGUAAAUGGAAAAAAUGGGGUAUAGUGGGAUGAGUGACUCAUUACACAGUGAAAAGCUGAAAAUAAACAGCCACCGCUACAAAGUUUCUGGUCGGCAGCGUUGGCAUUGGGUAGCUGUCGUCAUGAUUGUAAAUGUUUGUUGCUCUGUGUUAAAAGUUGCACAUUGAACUAGAUAAAGAGCUGAUUGUAUGGCAGAGGCCCUUUUGGUUGUUAACAACCAUAGUACUUUAAAGCAACGGCUAUCUAUAAAACUCUAUGUGACCUUAUUAGACAUUUGGCUUAUUAUUUUGUCACUGACUAUCCCUGUUCUUCACGUCACUGACUAGCUGUUUUGAAUUGAUCCUUGUUAACGUCUUCGGUCAUCUCAUCAGUUCGGUUAAAAACAACAGAGAAUCAAAGAGCUGUGUAUCUUUGGACAUAGUGCCGGGUGUGUUUUAGAUGGAAAAACUAUUUUGGGCAAGUAAUAUCUAAACCAGAAAGUUUUUCUUUUAUAGAUAUUUCAAAACAACAUUCUUUAAUCUUUAUUUUAGUAUUUGAUUGCCCUCAUAAUACUGAAAGUCUAGGAGAAUAAAUAAGCAGGUAAACUAUGGUUUUAUAAACAAUGGCCCUAGUUUACCCUAAAUAGCUAUUUGGGAUGACUACAAGACUUACUACACAGGAUGCUUUGCAGGAAAUUAGAGCAAUGUGUUCUUGUAUUUUAAAGUUCUUCAACCAAACUAUCACAUACUAGAAUGAGUUAGUGAUUUACAGCUCUAAACAAAAAACAAAAAGUGGUCUGAAUAUAUUUCUUAAUAUCUCUUUGACUAGAUAAUCAGAAUCAGAAAGUUCUAAGAUCCAUUGUUGUAAAAUGUUCCUUUGAUAAUUCUUUCUAUCAAGCAUCUGUGGGAAACACUAACUUAUGGUUUGUGAUGGGGUGUGUGUGUGUGUGUGUGUGUGUGUGUGUGUUACCCCUAAGGCUUUACCCAUCCAUUCACUUAUGUGUAAAUGUCAGAACCAACAUUAAAGUGAUAAUUUUUAACAUUCUGAUUUUGGAUAACUGAACCUUUAUAAACAUUAACCAUGCUAACUGAAUUCUUUCUGAAACAUAUGACACUUUUUCCUUGAUGCUGGGAAUGAAUUAUGAUGCUGUUAACUGGACCCCAUGACCACUCUUUAUGCAACUCCAUUUCUUAAUUUAUACAAAAAAGAAAAUUACUGAAUAGAAAGUGUGCCCUUUAAAAAAUGUCUGCCAAGUGAAGUACAGCUAUGUAAAUUUAAAGACCUGAUAUGUUUUCUUCACUAUUAUCAGAAAAUAAGCUAGUUAAAAUAUUAACAAGGAAAAAGCAACUGAUAAAGAUCAAAGUCAAAGACACGGAUUUUCUCUCAUGAAGUCUUGCAGUAGAAGAUUUGUAAGCAUUCAGGAUUUUAUCACUGGUUUCCUCACUAUAAUAUCAAUAAGGAGAAAAUCCUUAGCUAAUGCUGUGUUUCAUCUUGCAAAACUCAAAUAUUUAAUUAGUUGCACCUGAUUUUCCAGGGUAACAAUUAUUUGCAGACUAUUUGAAAAAUUAACUCCUUCAAGACUACUAGAUUACUAUUACCAAAUGACUGUUGUAUAGUACAAAUUGGUAAGCGAGUCGCAUCCCCGGAAAAAUACCUCACUAUUCAAGAAAGCAAACUCUUAUUAAACACGUUGUGUUAACCAGCUAUCAACCUCUGUUAAGACAAACUCCUUUAAAAUAUCGAAAUUACUCACUUACCAAUGUAAUCAAUUUUGCCAGCUUUCUCUGUGUCUAUCGAAAUACUAGUGUUGAUGUGAGGGUUGGCGAUGAAGAGGAAUACCAUUUUGAUCGCAAUGUUGACAAACGUUUGUAGAGUUAUGUCUGUAUAUGUGUUUGUAAAUGUUUGUAUAUUCAUAAUACAAAUUAUGAGUAUUUGUACUUGUCUGUAGCUCGUAUUUCUGGGCCCAGUAAGGAGGCUUUGUGGGGUUGAAAGCUAUGUAAUAAAAGGGGAAAAUGCCAUUUUUCAAAAGCACUCAGUGAGGGACCCUGCUAGGAAGUCUACACAAGACCCUUUGAACUGGAAUAGAGAUAGUAAAACAUCUUUUGUU